AUGGCGGCCUACGAUCUGCUACGCGCCGACGAUAAGGACAUCCCCGCUGGCCGAUCCCCAGCGCAUAUGGCGACCACAACAGUCAAGGUGGAUGGAAUGACAUGCGGGGCAUGUACAUCCGCCGUGGAAGGCGCCUUCAAGGAUGUAGAAGGUGUCGGAGAGGUAUCCGUGAGCUUGAUGAUGGGCAGGGCCGUCGUCCAUCACGAUCCGACUUUGGUCCCAGCGGAACAAAUAGCCGAGAAGAUUGAAGACUGUGGGUUCGAUGCGGCUAUCAUAUCCACCGACAGCCUGACGAUACAGGCCGAUACCUCCGGAGUUUUGCAGGGUUCGGGGCCACAGUUCUCAACGACUACGCUGGCCAUCGAGGGAAUGACAUGUGGUGCUUGCACAUCGGCGGUCGAGGGGGGCCUCAAGGAGGUGGCAGGUGUGAGAUCGAUAAAUGUCUCCUUGUUGUCAGAAAGAGCUGUCGUGGAGCACGAUGCUUCCGUUGUCACUCCUGAAAAGCUUGCCGAUAUCAUCGAGGAUCGUGGCUUCGGCGCAAAAGUGCUGGACACUUUGACGCUGCAGAACGGUCCCCAGGGUUCGCUAGAGAGCACAGGAAACCUGCCCCAUCUUAUGAUUACGACGGUCUCCAUUGAUGGUAUGACAUGCGGCGCAUGUACAUCCAGUGUGGAGAACGCAUUGAAUGGAGUGGAUGGACUGCUGCAAUGCAAUGUCAGCUUACUUGCGGAGCGCGCCAUUAUCCUUCAUGACCCGAAGAUCCUGUCCACGCAACAAAUUACUACCUUGAUCGAUGACGCGGGCUUCGAUACGGCAGUUAUCUCAUCAGAGGAAAAACUGCAUACAUCCAACUCUUUGAGCAACGUGAAUCUAAGCCUACACGGCUUGCGAGACGUGGUUGCAGCGAAUGCUCUGGAGGAUUCCCUGUUGGAAAAACCAGGCAUUAUUUCGGCAUCUAUCGACAUGGCCACAUCCAGGCUUGCACUUUCAUACGAAUCUUCCAAAAUUGGAGUUCGUUCCAUCGUCGAAAUUAUUGAAGCUGCUGGGUACCAUGCCUUGCUUUCGGAAUUGGACGACACCAACGCCCAACUUGAGUCUCUGGCGAAAACUAAAGAGAUUCAAGGGUGGAAACGUGCGUUUUUAUACUCAUUGUCGUUCGCAGUGCCGGUAUUCCUGAUUAACAUGAUUCUUCCCAUGUACUUGCCGAUGCUGGACUUCGGCAAACUUCCAUUGUGUCCAGGGGUCUUCCUUGGGGACGUACUAUGUCUGCUGCUCACUAUUCCGGUACAAUUUGGCAUUGGAAAGCGCUUUUACGUGGCCAGCUUCAAAUCUCUCAAGCAUCGCUCGCCAACUAUGGACGUUCUGAUCAUGAUGGGCACGUCUGCUGCUUUCCUCUACAGUUGUUUUACCAUGCUUGUGGCGAUGUUCUCCAUGUCACACAAACGGCCAAGCACUGUGUUCGAUACAAGUACUAUGCUCAUUACUUUCAUCACACUCGGGCGAUGGCUCGAGAACCGAGCAAAAGGUCAAACAUCAGCGGCGCUGUCUCGAUUAAUGUCCUUGGCUCCGUCUAUGACGACUAUCUACGACGACCCAAUCGCUGCCGAGAAGCUUGCCGAGGAAUGGACAACCGAGAAACUCAAUACGAAUGAGCAAAAGGCAGGCGAAUCAGCCCCAGAGAGAUCCGGCCCAAACCACAGAGUCAUUCCCACCGAGCUUAUCGAAGUCGGCGACAUCGUUGUUCUUCAUCCAGGAGACAAAGUUUCUGCGGAUGGCAUAGUCAUUCGAGGAGAAAGUUAUGUGGACGAAAGCAUGAUUACUGGUGAAGCGCUGCCUAUCCACAAGAAGAAGGGUAGUACGGUCAUCGCCGGAACCGUGAAUGGUACAAGCUCAAUUGACUUCAAGGUUACCCGUACCGGCAAGGAUACCCAGUUGAGUCAGAUUGUGAAGCUUGUCCAAAAUGCGCAGACAAGCCGGGCUCCUAUUCAACGAAUGGCAGAUAUUGUCGCAGGGUACUUCGUCCCUGGCAUCAUCAGUCUCGGUUUGAUUACAUUUUUUGGCUGGAUGUUUGUCAGUCACGUCCUGCCUCAUCCCCCGCAGAUCUUCCUGGCUGAAGGCAGUGGUGGAAAGGUUAUGGUGUGUCUGAAGCUUUGCAUCUCUGUUAUCGUCUUUGCUUGUCCUUGUGCGUUGGGUCUCAGUACACCUACUGCUGUCAUGGUUGGUACCGGUGUUGGUGCGCAACAGGGUAUCCUGGUCAAGGGCGGUGCCGUAUUGGAAGGCGCGACUAAAAUCAACCAUGUCGUCUUCGACAAGACUGGGACUCUGACAACAGGAAAAAUGACCGUCGCCGAGGCCAGAAUUGAACGUCACUGGGCAUCAGAUGAGGCACGUCAUCAACUUUGGUGGUUGAUCGUAGGUCUUGCGGAGAUGAACAGCGAACACCCUAUCGGAAGAGCUAUCCACUUUGCAGCAAAAACAGAAUCGGGCCGUUCCGAGGAUGAAGGACUACCGGGCAGCUUGGGCGACUUCAAUGCUCAUGUCGGCAAGGGUGUUUCUGCGCUGGUUGAGCCUGCAAUUAAUGCAGAACGUCUGCGUUACCGUGUGUUCAUUGGAAAUGCGACUUUCUUGCAGUCUCAAGGCGUCAUAGUCCCUGAAGCCGCAGCAACAGAAGAUGAGCGUUCUACUACCUCGAAGGUUACCGCCGGCAUCACGCAGAUCCAUGUAGCUAUUAAUAACCAGUUUUCCGGCACUGUGUUGCUUCGCGACACUGUUAAACUAACUGCAGUGGCUGCCGUCGCCGCCCUGCAUCGUAUGGGGCUCAAGACCACACUGAUCACUGGAGAUACUCGGUCCACCGCGAUCUCUAUUGCUUCCGCCGUCGGCAUCCCCCAAGAUUCGGUGCAUGCCUCCGCCUCUCCAUCCGACAAACAAUCCAUCAUUGCCUCGAUGCAGGAAUCAGGUGACCGUGUCGCCAUGGUGGGCGACGGUAUCAAUGAUUCUCCGGCGUUGGCUACUGCGUCAAUAGGAAUCGCCCUUGCUUCCGGUACUGAUGUUGCCAUGGAGGCUGCGGACAUUGUGCUCAUGCGACCCGACGAUCUCUUGUCUGUGCCAGCCAGUCUGGCCCUCUCCCGCGCUGUUUUCAGACGCAUCAAAAUCAAUCUCAUGUGGGCCUGCCUCUACAACGUCAUCGGCCUCCCCUUCGCCAUGGGGCUCUUCCUCCCCUUUGGAGGUUUCAUGCUUCCCCCGAUGGCUGCGGGUGCGGCCAUGGCAGCGUCGAGUAUCUCCGUCGUCGUCAGUAGUCUGCUGCUCAAGCUCUGGAAACGACCACGGUGGAUGGACGCCGAGAAGCUGGAAAGGGAUGUCCAGGCACGUGAUGCCAGCUUCCACGGCUCUCGCAAGAACUGGUGGACGGCUGCUCUCUCGGUCUCAGGAUCCAAUGGUGCCGCAGGCUCGGGAUGGAUCGGACGGACAAGCGCGAGAGCCUGGUCUACUAUCACCGGCCGGGUUUCGAAGACAUCAGAUGUCAACAAUGGCUACGUCCCUCUUCAGACGGUGGAAUCGGCUGUUUGA